CGGAGCGCCGGGGCCGGGCGACCGCCGCCGCGGCUCGCCAGUCGCAUCCACGCACGCGCACAGUGCAGUCCCGAGUGACGUGACAGUGACAGUGGCUGAGUGUCACCCACAGAGAAUACCAUGCGCUCCCUUACCAUAUCGUUAGUGCUGGUCGCAGCGCUGGCCGCCGCCGCCGCGCAGACCGCGCCGAGCCUCGCCGAGAGCAUCAACGAGAUCAAGCCUCCCUCGUCCGUCCGCCUCGACCCCUACAUCCGGAGAGCCCUGCUCAAGGCUCUCAGUGAACUCGAAGAGAGCGACAAAAUCACCACCGACUUCACCAGCACUGAUGGAAGCACCGACGGGUCUACGUACGGCACCGAAACCACAGACACGCACAAAACUACUGACUACAACACCGAGUCCAUACCCACUGAAACAUCCAAAGAGGGCAUUCAGAUUCACUCGUUCAUUGUCAACGGUCAGGCGGCAUUCGCCAACACUACGCCCAACGAUGUACCGACGUACAUCAAUGACAAUAUUUCGAUUCUGAGCACAACCUCCGUCAAUGUAGAUCAAGUCACAUCCACUCUUCCGACCAACUCGCCCUUCAAUGAAAUAUUCCAGACCAGCCAAACUGGGGUAAACCUUCAACAGACUAGAAGCGUGGGUAAAAACUCGAACAGUAACAAUGAUAUCGGAGGUGCAGCUAAAACGACAACAAAUGCUGUGAGUACGACGCGGGUGACUCGACCCACGACCACCUCUACCACGACCACGACCACGACUACCACCACCACGCCCAAGCCGACGCACAACGACGACGGACAGAACAUAGAAGAAGUGAACAAGAAAGACGUUCAAGUGUUCCAAGCUCCCCUAGUGGCCGCCUUUACUGUUCAUCAGGACGCUAACGGGCUACCUAAGAAAGUAGUACCACUUUUGCCAGCUGAUGGCCGACAAACUUUAAAACCACAACAAGUCCUCCCUCUGUCUAUCCCUCAAAACAACAAUAACAAUUUCAGACAGCAAAACAUCAACAACAACAUCAGACAGGAAGUAAGGCAACAAGAGUUCAGACAGCAGGAUUUAAGACAGCAAGAGAUUAUUCAACAACAGCUGACUCUACAGAAACAGCUUGAGGAGAAACAGAGGUUCCUUGAGGAGCAACUGAGGAUCUUACAGCAACAGCAGAGACAACAAGAGGAACUUCUAAGGAAGCAGCAGUACUUACUCCAACAAAAAGAGAUUGAAAGGCAACAGCAGUUCGAACAAUUCUCGAACCACAACCAACUGAAAAGACAAGAAUCUUUCGACAAGCAAAGGAUCCAAAAUAACCAAGCUGCUAACAACUUUCAAUUCCAAAAUUUCCAGAAGAACGUUCCUAACCAGUCACCGGUUCAGAAUAAUUCGGUGAGACCUCAAACCCAGCAAGUGUCGAUCCAGCAGAGUGUAGCUGUCCCGUUCCCGAACAAUGGGGCUGGAGUCCAGCAGACGAACAACCUCGGGAACCAGCAGCAGCUGCCCAACAGAGAGGCCGUGGACUUCCUCAUCACGCUCCGCAGCCAGCAGUCCGAGCAGUUCCCGCUGCAGGACAACCAUCUCCCUCAAGGAAUCAGCAACUUUUUACAACCAACACCCGUCUUUGGACAAGCCCAAAACUUUCAGCAAAACUUCAACCAGAUCCGUCCUGCUGAAAAUGGAGGUCGACAGUCAAACAGAGUGUUCAGACAAGAGAGCGGAGUGGGAAACUUUGGCUUUAACCAGAACCAAAACCAGAACUACCAGAGAUUCAACACGUUUGUCCCCAUCCAGUCGCCAAGGUUCUUCGGAUCAAACAGGCAGAACCAAGGGAAUCCUAACUCCGACUUGCAGCAGCUACUUUACCAAACAGGCUUGAAUGGAAGAAACCACGAGGACUUGAAUAUCGUCACCAAGGUGCUAUCCUUGAACCACGGUGUUCCAUUCAACAAUAACAUUUCAAACAGAUUACCAUUUGACAGCAGAAGACAUAGCAGAACGAAUUAGUAAUUUGAUGAUCAUUAAAAUUGGUCUGUUCUGUAACACAAAGCUGUGCUUUGACAGCUGACUCAAUUAGUAACAUUUAGUGAAGUUAUCAUUGCAAAAUAAGCCUAUUAUGACAUCAACUUCAGUACGAUAACCCUGAGUUAAGACAAGUCUUCUAUGAAGAGCCAAAGACCCACGAAUGCCUUAAUCACAGUACCAGUAAUUUUCCCUUAAAAUGUACCUCUCUGAUAUUUUUUGUAAGACCGAGAUUUUAAGUAGGUUGUAUUUUACCCUUUAUUCUAUGUGUUAGUUAGAUUUAGCAUUUAUUUAUUUUACAUUUAUAAUACAAAUAAUUAUGUUUAUAAACUGCCAUACAAAUAGUUAGUUCUAGGAGUGAUGAAUUCUAUGUACCUACCUUGGUCUGUUAUAAAUUAAGUAUAAGAAUCACUAUAAGGUCGCAAUCGGUGUAAGUACCUACUAGGUCACAAAGAAUCUACGUUCAAAAUUAUAAGACCUGUUUUGUAAAAUAAUUCAUCGUGUAACUAACUAAAAUCUACAUAAUUAUAUUUAAAAACACAGUGCACCUCUGAUGACAAUAAAAUAGGUAAAAUCAAAAAUAUUUUAUUACUGACGUACCUAGUUAGUUAGUCAUGUUGUAAUUUUAAACAGCGUAGAGUCCGACAACGCUAACCUAUUAGCCUGCCAAGAAGAAUGUCGCUGAUAAAUUACACCCUGUAUGAAUACCUACCAUAAAAUAUUGACCUACUAGGUUCAUGUUGCGAUAGAAUAGCAUUGCUUAGCCUAUUUAGAUUUUAAAGUAAAAUUAGUAUUAUAAAAUAUUGUGGCUAUUUAAAAUAAAAUAGAGGCUACCUGCUAGUAUACGCGCGCAAAUAAAGAAACAAAUGAAAGUGUACAUUCUAUCUCGAUCUGUCGUUUGCUAAUCGUUGGUCUGUCAAUCCUCCUUCGUAAUGUCACUUUCUAGGCGACACUUAUUAAUUUCUUCUUUAUUUGCGCGUGUUAUAGCAUUAUCGGAAUGACGAGUCAUCACCUAUUUCUUCCGUAGUAAGUUUGUAAAUAUACUUACCCAAUUAAAUUGAUAUGAAAAAUA